CCGCAACAGCCGCGAAAAAAACGCGCCAAGAUUGUCAGUGCAUGUGGAGAAUGUCGUCGUAAAAAGACAAAGUGCAAUGGCGAACAACCGUGCCGUAGCUGUGAGAAAUCAGGCGUGCCUUGUAUCUAUCCAUCGGCGACCCAGAGCCAGGGCGACGACAAGCGUACGACGCUGAGCAAGGCUGCGCUGGAUGCCAUUGAGGAGCGGUUAAAGACCAUUGAGGAUAUGUUGAGAGUGAUAUUGCAGUCGGCUCAGCCGAAUGCCGAUCUGGAUCCUGCCAUUGUGAAUCAGCUCCCAUCGAUCCACAAUCUCUCGGCUCCUUCGGCCUAU